CUACGACCGAGAAAUGGAUAUCUAGAGCAAGCCACUGUAAACAAGGAGUCCUACAUAAUCCACGAAACGUAUACCACGGAUUGAUCAUGAAAUAUUCCUUUUAUAAUUCCGAUUCCGAAAGAAUUGUUGCGCUUCUCGUCCGUAUACUUCUUUCCCUACAAAUACCUUUACCCGUUGGGGUCAUUUUGCACACACGACAUUAGUUUUUGCCGGGGUGUUUGAAGAGUGGUUCUAGAUUUCUGGGUGUUAGUGUUCUUGUUGUAUUAAUUCUUGGGAAGCAAACAAUGGUCGGAAUCGUGGUGGUUUUCGACUUUGACAAGACGAUCAUCGACUCCGAUAGCGACAACUGGGUGGUGGACGAGUUGGGUGCCACAGACUUGUUCAAUGACCUCCUCCCUACCAUGCCUAAUUGGAACUCUCUCAUGGAUAGGAUGUUGAAGGAGCUCCAUGCACGAGGGAAAACCAUCGAGGAUAUUGCUGAUAUAUUCAAACGGAUACCCAUACAUCCCAGAAUUGCCCCUGCUAUCAAAGCAGCCCAUGCUUUAGGGUGUGAUUUGAGGAUUGUAAGCGAUGCAAACACAUUUUUUAUCGAGACCAUUCUGAAGCAUCUUGAGUUAAGGGAGUAUUUUUCUGAGAUCAAUACGAACCCAAGUUUAGUGGAUGAAGAAAGGAGGCUAAGGAUCUUUCCCUACCAUGAUUCCCACAAGACUCCUCAUGGCUGCAGUCUCUGCCCUCCAAACAUGUGCAAGGGUCUAAUCAUAGAAAGGAUACAAGCUUCUGUGUCCGAGGAGGAGAAGAAGUUCAUGAUCUAUCUUGGGGAUGGGAGUGGAGAUUAUUGCCCAAGCUUGAAGCUUGGAGAUGGAGAUCAUGUGAUGCCGAGGAAGGGUUUCCCCGUGUGGGAUCUCAUCUGCAAGAACCCCCUUCUUAUUAAGGCUGAAAUACACGAGUGGAUAGACGGAGAAGACCUUGAACGCAUCUUGCUUGGCCUUAUUAACAAGAUCAUCUCCAUUGAAGAAACUGAUCAGUUUAUUUCGGCCGAAUACAAGUUGCAAACCAUAUCUGUGUCUGCUCAUGAAUCUCUUCCGAAAGCACUCUCUGUUCAGCAAUAGCUAGCAUAGCUUCCAGUUUUAAUG